AUAACAAUGAAACGCAGUUCAUCUUUCACUCGCCCACUGUUGUGGGACCUAUAUUCACGACAGUAGACUGACGUCUCAAGUCUAAUUUUCAGCAGAACGUAUAAGUGCCUCGCAAAAGCAGCACAUGCCUCCCGCCAACGCGUGUUCAGUACUCUCACCUUGAACAUGACGUCGGGCGCCAAGGCUGGGUCGGAAUGAUUCCGAAAAGAACGAAAAAAAUUGGGCUCCAUCACCAGUCAUCCUUGAUGCUAACGCGCCGUCCCCGCAUACCAAAUGUCAAAUUCGCAGAACAAGUCUUGCCAUACCUUCAGAAACGCCCUCUGGUGCAAGUCGCCGCAUCAGGGUACCAGUAUAUAUCUACUACCGCGCUGAGAGUUCCGACCACAGGCGUCAAAGCACGCAUUGCACAUUCAGUGGGGAUUAGAACUGCAGCCAAGUUAUAUCCACGGUCGGUUGCAAACAUGGACACCAAUAUUCUUGCCGUAGAUCCGCAAAAACUGGGCAGGAUCUCGUUCACCGAGACGAAGACGGACCUAAUCGAAGAGUGGGACAUAGAAUAUGCGGAGGGAACAGCCUACCAAAGCCUCAAGAGGGCAGCCGACGAGUUAGUGAAUACAGACAUACCGGUCGCGUUCCCCACAGAGACUGUCUAUGGACUGGGAGCAGACGCGACAAGAAGCACAGCAGUGAAGGCAAUCUUUGCCGCAAAAGGGCGGCCAGCAGACAACCCGCUCAUCGUACACGUCCAUUCGCUGCCCCAGCUGCGAGAGCUACUAUCCGGAAAAGCCGCAUCGCAGACAGACAGCGACCCCAUUCCUGCAAUCUACAGGCCGCUGAUCGAGCGCUUCUGGCCAGGGCCUCUGACACUGAUCAUGCCCGUACCCGCGAACACAACACUAGCACCAGAAGUCACAGCCGGCCUGUCGACGUUCGGCGCGCGCAUGCCGCGCUCCAUCCUCGCCCUCUCGCUGCUCCGUCUCUGCGGACGCCCCCUUGCUGGACCCUCCGCGAACGCGUCCACAAGGCCCUCUCCCACAGCCGCUGAGCACGUCUUCGACGACCUGCAGGGGCGCAUACACACAAUCGUCGAUGGCGGGCCCUGCGAGGUCGGCGUCGAGAGCACCGUCGUGGACGGCCUGUCGAGCCCGCCGAGCAUCCUCCGCCCGGGCGGCGUCACAGUGGAGCAGCUGAGGCAGUGCCCGGGGUGGGAGCACGUCGCGAUUGGGUACAAGGACAAGCAGGAAGCCACCGCGAGCAGGCCCCGCGCGCCGGGCAUGAAGUACAGGCACUACAGCCCGAAGGCAGAGGUGCUCCUGUUCGAAGCCGGGGCCGCGAAGCCCGCGCCCGAGGAACUGGCCCGCAAGUCCAGCAUCGGAAUCAUCCGCACCACGAGCUGGGAGCCUGCGCUUGGCCUGGUAGAUAACACUGCAGGUGAUGCUGCCACCAACGGCCACGCCAACGGCCCAUCGCGCCCGCACACCACCCCUUCACUACCCACAGCCACCCCUUCCCGACUCUCCAACCUCCUGCGCUCCGUGAUCCAGCACCAGAUCCCGCACGCACACCACCACGUGCUCGCCUCUCGCGCCACGGACGUGUGGGACAUCGCUCUCGGCGCGGAAACCGAGGGCGUGGCUCGCGGCCUGUUCUCCGCGCUGCGCGAGCUGGACAAGAAGGGCGUGGAGCUGAUUUUCGUCGAGGGCAUUGACGACACCACGGGUGACGAUAUUGCGGCCGCGGUGAUGAAUCGGCUGAGGAAGGCGGCGGAGAUUAGGACGUGAGGGGCGCUUUGGUGACGCUGUAGGAGACGCAGGGAAUUCAAUGAUACCGUCAAUGUGAAUAACGAUACUGCUACGCUCGCGUUCACGCCCGUUUAGAAGUAUUCGUCA